UGAAGACACCGGUUUGAGUUUGCUUUUUGAAGUCGUGGAAACAGUGCUGUGAAGAUGAGAAUAAUCGAGACCUUUUUGUUGUUGCUCGUUGUUUCCUAUGCGAAACCUGAAGACGAGUGCAACGCCCACAAUAAUUCUUGCAAUGAUUGCAUCCGCAAAUUGGGAUGUUCCUGGUUUGUGAAACACACCACUGAACUGGACCACAGUAAUUGCUUCACUAACACCAACGUUAGCAGCUACCAAGCAAGCGCCUACAACCCCGGAAGUUCAAUCAAUGUAAUAGAAAAUUUGCCCCUUGACGACAAAAUUUUGGUGGCGCCACAAAAGUUAUCGGCGCACCUUCGACUACAUUCACCAGUGUUGUUUAAAGUCCGGUUUGCUUCCAAAGACGAAUCUCUAGUGACUCCCCACGACCAGAACAUAAUUGUCCAACUGUUACGUACGAAGCCCGAUUUUGUCAUCGUUCAUUUGGAAGCUUUACGCUGUCCACAAGAUGCCAAGAAUUUUCGACAAACGCUGACUCUGCCUACGACGCAAACCCAGCAAAAGGUGACCGUGGAUUUGCAUUUUAAUUGUGAAUGCCCGUUUUAAUUUUUUUUGGAAUGGAAGCUGACCAGAAAUAAAAAUAAAGUUUCAAAGCA